GAAAUUUCUUCCUCGAUCUUCAAGAUCAUCCGAGACUAAGUAUAAAGAAGAAGGCUACCCAUUGGGAAAAAUCCUACGAUAGAACCCUUGUAGCGACAGACCCUAUCAUCCGGAUCUCACCACUCUUCUCAAAGCACCAGAACGCAAGUUCACGCUAUGGGGGAAUUCAGAGCUGAGGCUGAGGAUGGCUAUCACAACCAUGAGCCUUCCAGAGACUCAAGUCCACCAGAUGCUGCGGUCAAGCUUGAGAAAGAUGUAGAAGGUGGCGUUCCAGUCGAGACUCUAGACGAGUCUACGGACCAGUAUUAUCACGGCAAGCGUCUCGCCAUUGUGGUGCUCUCUCUCAUGCUCUGUACCUUCUUGGUAGCUCUGGACAAUACUAUUGUUGCAACAGCAAUCCCCAAAAUCACCGAUGAAUUCCACGGUCUCAGCAAAGUUUCAUGGUACGGUUCAGCAUACUUCAUGACGUUCGGUGGUUUCCAGUCGACCUGGGGAAAAGCCUUCAAGUAUUUCCCUUUGAAAUCCUUCUUCAUUGCGGCCAUUGCCAUUUUUGAACUCGGCAGUCUGCUUUGUGGUGUCGCUCAAGACCCAACAAUGCUGAUCGUUGGCCGAGCUAUCGCGGGAUUUGGCGGUGCUGGUGCCACGACAGGCGCCUUUACCAUGAUCGGCUUUAUCGUCGAGCCUCGAAUGCGACCUCAGGUCAUUGGCGUCAAUGGUGGCACCUAUGGCAUCGCAGCCGUGCUCGGCCCUCUUCUAGGUGGCGUCUUCGCAGACAAGGUCUCAUGGCGGUGGUGCUUCUACAUCAACCUCCCCGUCGGUGGUUUGGCAGUUGCGAUGCUUGUCUUCUUCUUUCACACUCCGAGUCAUGCAAAGCCCGUUCAAGCCUCAUGGAAAGAAAAGAUCUUGCAACUGGACUUGCUUGGUGCGGCGCUCGUCAUCGGCCUGAUCACCUCAUAUAUCCUGGCACUUCAAUACGGAGGCCAGACCAUGCCGUGGAAGAGUAGCACAGUGAUCGGUCUACUGGUCGGCUCCAUCGUCAUCACCAUAGUCUGGGUCAUUUGGGAGAUAUACCAGGGAGAGCGUGCUAUGAUCAUACCGCGUUUGUUCAAGCAGCGAUUCGUAUGGGUCAGCUGCCUUUACCAAUUCUUCUUUGCUGGCUCCUACUUCCUGCUCCUUUACUACCUACCAAUCUACUUUCAAAGCGUCUUCGGUGUCAGCGCGAUCGGGUCCGGCGUCCGCAACCUUCCUCUCAUCAUAAUGCUCAUCGUGGGGACCAUCAGUCAAGGACCGUUACUAGCGAAGCUGGAAUACCCGACGCCUUUUAUGCUUGUCGGGGCAGCAAUCGGAACACUCAGCUGUGGUUUGUUCUAUACACUGGGCGUCGACACUUCUACCGGCAAAUGGAUUGGCUAUCAAAUCCUCUGCGGGGUUGCCGUUGGAGGAGCCUUCCAGAUCACUGUCAUGGUCGUUCAAGUCAAUUCCAAAAACGAAGACAUGUCUGCUGCCACUGCCAUGAUUUUUUUCUUUCAAAUGUUGGGUGGAAGCUUCACCAUCACAGCAGCGCAGUCGGCCUUCAACAACAAAAUGAUCGCCAAGCUGGCGGCUACAGCUCCAGACAUCAAUCCUGCGACGGUGUUGGCGACGGGUGCUUCUCAGAUCCGCGAAGCUUUCACGGCCAGCCAGGUCCCAUUGGUGGUAGAGGCCUACAUGACUGGUCUCAAAGUCGUAUUCGCCAUAGCGAUCGCUACUUUUGGCAUGGCAUUUCUGUUGGGCUGUGGCGCAGGAAUGAAGAAGCUCCAUGUGGAGAAUUUGAAGAACGUUGGUGGCGCUGCCUGAAGGAGACGUGACCGAGAUGAAAGGUCUUAGUCGACCACGUGGGACCAGGUUGGUGGUCGUUUCUUUACCGGCGACGGCGGGGGAAUGCGUGGCGCAGUUGCUGAUACAAGGUAGGAGUCAUUGGGUCAGCAUCCAUGCACGUCGAUGGGCAUUCCGACUGCUUGCACAUACAUGACAUUUCAGGUAUAUAAUAGA